AUGCAUCGCAGCGCGAGCGCGGCGGCUGGCGACAGCCUCGCGGACAUCCCGGAGCUGCUCAAGAAGGCCGAUGGACUCCUGCGGCCUGCGGGCUUCUUCAUCUCGCUUCUGGGGCGGGGGUCAGACCCCGACGCGGCCCUUUCCAUCUACACACAGUGCGCGCAGAGAUACAAGCUCGCGCGCCGUUGGACGGAGGCCGCGGACUGCUACGUGCGGGCAUCGUUCGCCGCUCAGCGCGCAGAGGAUUUCAGCGCUGAAGCGCAGAUGCUCGCGGAGGCGGGGAACGUCUUGAAGCGCGUGAAUGCGGCGGACGCCGAAGAGCAGCUCUCUGCGGGCGCUGCGGUGUACGUACGCCAGGGGCGCUGGGGGCAGGCCGCGAAGCUGUACCGAGGCAUUGCGGAGAUGUACGAGGAAGCCGCUGAAGGGAGCGCGGGCGCAGAGCUUGGGAGUGCGGCCGCAGGAGCCGGCGCACUGCAGAAGAUCCUCUUCUUCUACAAGAAAGCCGCAGAGACCUACGAGCUCGAUGAGUACGGGAAGAGCGCCUUCUCCCAAUGCCGCUGCAAGUACGCCGAGUACGCCGCGAAAAACGACGAAACCAUCCACGAGGCCAUCCAAAUCUUCGAGCAAGAGGGCGACAAGGCAACGAGAAACAACCUCCUUCAGUUUAGCGCGAAGGACUUUUACCUCAAGGCGCUGAUUCUCUUGCUCUCCUCGGGGGACGCCGUCUCCGCGAAGAUCGCCCUUGACAGGUACAUGGCGCGCGACCCGCGCCUCGAGGGCAGCCGUGAAGGCCGGCUGGCGGCUGCGCUCGUCUCUGCGAUGGAGGAAGGCGACGUGGAGCCUUUCACAGAGGCGCUGGACGAGUACGACCGCAUCAGCAAACUCGAUGCGUGGAAAAUCCACUUCCUGCUCAAAGCCAAGCGCCGACUCAUGCACGCCGACGGUGGCGGAGGCAGCUACGCGGUCGGCGACGACGGAGAAGUUGACUUGUCUUAA